CUUUUUUUUUUUUUUUUUUUUUUUUUUUUUUCCUUUAUGCGAUAAUAAACGUCACAAAAGCGACAGACAUUUCCUUUGUUUUUGUCGUCAGCAAUACGCAUUAUAAUGUAUACGUUCAAAAAUGCGGACGCUAUAUAUUUUCUUUCCGACGUUUUGUCAACACAUCUUCUGGGCAGCACACACACACAGCUCACGUUACUCGCGGUCAUCAGGGAUGUCUCGUCAAAGAUCUUCUUUCAAGGGUGGCUGAUAUCCAGCAGAGUUUCACAGGAUGUUUUAUUGUGGGUAGUUUAAAUUAAUGAUCCAUGGUUUCAAGGACACGUCCUGAGCAAGCUCGAGCGUUCUUUAAAAGUGUGCGGGGUAUUCUAUAACACUGCUGGAAAGUAAAGGAUGAGAAGUUUCGUUCUUCAGUGGAUCUGUAUCUUCAUUACAAUGCCGGCGGGAGGCGUCUCUGGUUGUGGCAUGACAGACGAGGUUUGUGAAUUCUGGCUGGUUCUGGAGCACAGGAUGACCAUGAUGAAACACAAUAUAGCCGUGUUUCCAGCCAACGGCAACAUCUACAGAUACGACGUCACCAACAUCUCGGCCGCGGAUCCCUUGUCAACUGACGACGUCAUCACGGCGGACGGCUGGGAGGAUCAGAGACUGGUGCUGGCGGUGAACGGGACAGUUCCAGGUCCCCCUAUAGAGGUGUACGAGGGCCAGACUGUGAUCGUGCACGUGAAGAACCUGAUGACGAGCGCCUCCACCUCGGUCCACUGGCACGGCCUGCACCAGCCCGACACGCCCUGGAUGGACGGGGUGGGCUUCAUAACACAGUGUCCCAUCCAGCCAGGACAGUCGUUUACCUACAGGUUCAUGGCCACGCCGAGAGGAACGUUUUGGUACCACUCCCACGUCGGCACCCAGCGUUCUAUGGGUUUGUACGGAGCGUUUGUCAUAAGGGAGAAGAAACUACUGGAGAUGCCGGAGAGGAUUAUGAUACUCAGUGACUGGAACCACGACUGGGACUCGGACCUGGCUCACACCCACAUGGUGUAUGGCAUGUAUGAACACAGACACAAACUCAGUAACACGGGCUCGUUAGAUGGAGCACACUAUAGCAUGUUCAGAUUCCAAUCGGGACUCAUAAACGGAAAAGGCAGAUUUUAUGAUGCAUCUGGAAAACACAAUGGAGCCCCUUUGGAAGUUUUCAACGUACAGAAGGGACUGACGUAUAGAUUUAGAGUAAUUUCUGCGGGUAAUUUGUAUCCAUUUCGUAUAUCCAUCGACGAACAUAACCUAACGAUUGUCGCUUCAGAUGGAUAUGAUAUACGUGAACAACGAGCAGAAUCCUUCAUUAUUAAUCCUGGAGAGAGAUUUGAUUUCAUUAUUCACGCCGACAGGGAUGUUAAUAAUUACUGGAUUCGUGCGAAAACUCUCGAGGUUAAUAUGAAUCACACAGCAGAAGCAAUCUUGCGGUACGAUUUAGCAGCAACUGAAGACCCGACUACUAGACAACAACAAUGCACUGUUUCCGACGAAUGCAUCGUCCUGAAUUGUCCUUUCACCUACUACCCUUCUCAGUCCUAUACCAGGUGUGUUCGUUUUGAUCACCUUAAAUCUAAGGCUAACAAUGACUCAGCGCCGUCAUACAUACCUGGGCAGUUCAAAGAGUAUUUUCUUAAUUUUGCCUUUCCGGGAUAUCCUGGUUGGACACCGGGAUCCGUUAACGGACACGCCUUUGAUUUUCCAACAGUGUCGGCACUGACUCAACCCCACGAACUGUAUUCAAAAUGCGGGGAGCCGGACUGCGGGCCAAACAAGGUGUGUAAGUGUUCUUAUGCACUGGAUCUCAACCACGGAGAUACGGUCCAGAUGGUCUUCACAAACAUGGGCAGCGGGAAAGGAUGGUCUCAUCCAAUACAUAUGCACGGCCAUUCCUUCUAUGUACUGAAGAUGGGAUAUGGUCGUUACAAUGAGACCACUGGUAAGCUGUUGGGCGAUAACGAAGACAUCGAUUGCAGAGGGAAGUUUUGUAACGAUGCCACGUGGUCGAACAGUUCCUGGAAGGACGGUAACGUCCAUGGGUUAGAGCUGACAAAUCCACCGAGAAAAGAUACCAUCAUCGUACCAACAAGCGGCUACGUCGUGGUGCGCAUUAGGGCAGAUAACCCAGGAGUGUGGUUCAUGCACUGUCACAUAGAGUUGCAUAACCUGGAUGGCAUGGCUAUGUUCAUAAAUGAAUCUUUUCCAAAUCAUCCAGCCCCACCACCAGACUUUCCAGAAUGCAGAAACUACGAGCCAGAAAAACGCAUGUAUUCUCGUCGAAAUGAAAGUAUUGAUGAGAAGAUGGGAAAAAGUCCAGAAACCAUAGAGCUGAAGAUAUUUUGGGUCGUUGUGGGCUGUCUUUUCUUCCUUGUUAUCUUGGAGUUAAUUAUUAUUGCAUGCAUUUACGUCACCAACAAGAAGAAGUCAUCCGAUAAAUACGAAAUGCAGCAAGUUCAUAAAAACAAAGCUUUUCACGUGUAGUGCAAGGCGUCACUAGUAAAGGUGUGGUCUCACGCUUUGACUUGUUGUGACGACUGAAUUGUACUGUGAGAAGGUAUAAAAAAUGAAUACUGUUAUAAUUUGUUUGGUCACUAUAAUUCGUCGUGUCCCUACACACUCGUUGAAGAGAACAUCGAAUGAGAUUAGUAGGAUGUGUGGCAGAUUGAUUUUAAAAUAACUGACUGGCUUACCCAUGGUGAUGACCUGAACGCCACUGCCACACCGGCCAAUGAAAUGAUCACGACUACAAUUGAUUGCUGUGUGAACUGUGUGUUAACUUGAAAGUGGAUGUUACUGUGACAUAAGGUGCAAUCGCAAGAGACAUAAAUACUUUGGAAAAGACUUUUAAAUUUUCUUUUAAAGCUCUUUUGUAAUAAAGAUAGAGGAUGUGUAAAAAUUAGAA